UCACUUCAGCAACUUCUCUUCAAUAAUGGACGACAGUAACGGAGCUGCUGAUGGAAUUGAGAAUCUGCCUAAGGUGAAUCCGCCGGAAGUUAAACGUUCUUGGAGUGACGAAGUAGACGAUGACGAACCAGAAUCUGCCCUAUCUGGGUCCGGAGACAAAGCUGAGGAGCUAAAUGUUUCUUCCCUAGCUAUUGAUGAGAACAAGAAUGUCAGCAGGUUUCUGGAUGACCAAGACGAUUCAAACAUCAGAGCGGUUACAUCAGGGGACACACCAUAUACAUCUGCAUCUACUUUUGAGGACUUGAAGCCGUCGCCUGAAUUGCUGCAGGCAUUAUAUGUUGACAUGAAUUUUGAGAGGCCUAGCAAGAUUCAGGCAAUUAGCUUGCGAAUGAUUUUGACUCCACCCCAUAAGGAUCUAAUAGCUCAAGCGCACAAUGGUUCUGGUAAGACCACUUGCUUUGUGCUUGGAAUGUUGAGUCGGGUCGAUCCAACUCUGAAAGCACUGCAAGCCCUUUGCAUUUGUCCUACAAGAGAAUUGGCAAUACUGAGUACAUGUUGCAAAACCUGGAAGUUCUUCAAAAGAUGGGGAAAUAUACAGGGAUAACUUCUGAAUGUGCUGUUCCGAUGGAUAGCACCAAUUAUAUCCCAAUUAUGAAACGGGC